AUGAGCUUCCUUCAUGUUCACUAAUAAUCUUAUCAUUAAUCCACUGAAGAAUCCUAACAUUCUCAUAAAUUGAACUUUCUUCAAAUUCAAAACGUUGACAUAAAAGAAUAUAAAAGGAAAUGGAUGUUACACUUUAACUCCAUUCCUAAUUACAAAGUCUUAGAAGGAAUGUAUUACCAGCUUCAACAAAGUAAGGCUACAGAUGAUCGAGAGAAAAAUGAGGAAAUAUUACUUCAGUGUAUUCUGAUUAGUGUCCAAGCUCCGCUUAGUCUAAAACUUUCUGAUGAAUAAUGGUUGCUAAUUAGUGAAUUGAUGCCCACUUACAGGACUCCGAAAGAAUUGUAGUAAAUGAGUUUAUAAUUUCUACAUUAAUCAGCCUAUAAUAAUCCUUGGACUGAUUAAGAAGAUUGGUAACUGCUUGAAAUUAUAUUGUCAUUUUUGAAACAGAAGAAAGGCAACAAAUGGAGUAAGAUAGCAAAAGAGCUAAAUGAUGUAAGUUAAAGUAAAAUCACGAGAACACCAAAAUAAUGUAGAGAAAGAUGGGGUAAUAAAUUGGAUCCAUCAAUUAAUCGUGAAGAAUGGAGUGAUUCAGAGGAUCUUUAUUUCUUACAAUUGCUCUUACAACAUGGACGUAAAUGGGCUGAGAUAGCCAUUCGACUUUCAGCCAUGACAGAAAGCAAGAAGAGAACCGAAUUUGCUUUGAAACAUCGUUACAAAAAAAUGAUCCUCUGUUCUAACAUUUCAUAUUCUAAAUUAAACGUUGGACAUAAAUAUUCUGUAUCAUCAGAUUGGAAUACAAAGGAAGUCAACAAAAUAGUUGCCAAAAUUUCUUAAUUAGAGAAGGCGAUUGAACCUGAAAGGUCCAAUGUAUACAAUUGUUAGCCUUUUAACAAACAAGUCAAGCUUAAUGACUCAAGUAGAUUAGUUUUAAUCAGAGGAUCGCGUAAAGAGGAAGUAGAUUUAUCUAAACUUUUUCACUUGAUAAAUCUAAUGAAUCUUCCACUUUUGUAGGGUCAAGUUUGAAUAAUAGAGCAAUAUUACACAUAAUAAUUAUUCAAAUAUA